AUGACGUUCGCAGAGGAAUUCCGCUCGAGAAACUUCAGUAUCUACGGACAAUGGACCGGUGUCGUGUGCAUUGUUCUCUGCUUUGCUUUGGGCAUUGCUAACAUCUUCUCUUUCAAUGCUGUGCGCAUUAUCUUCAGUGUGCUAUGUCUUGUCUCGUCGUUCAUCCUCAUCUUUAUCGAAGUGCCUUUCCUGCUCAGAAUAUGCCCUACCUCCUCCAAAUUCGAUGAGUUCAUCCGACGCUUCACCACCAAUUGGAUGCGUGCCGCCAUGUAUACUAUCAUGAGUGUUGUACAGUGGCUCAGUCUUUUGUCAGGCGCAUCCAGUCUGAUCGCAGCCGCUGUUUUCCUCAUUUUGGCCGCACUCUUUUAUGCACUUGCAGGCCUCAAGAGCCAAGAAUUCGUCGGCAGCAAGACUUUGGGCGGCCAAGGACUUGCUCAGAUGAUUGUCUAA